ACCAAUAACGGAAGCUUACAGAAGCGCCCACCAAAACAGUUCAAUUUUAAAUUCAAACGGUCGCAGGCGGUGGGUUGGAUCGGAGUGUUAACACAAGGGAAAUUUCAACUUCAACUGCUUAAGAACAUGUCCCGCUUGCCGGUCAUGUCAGCCAAAAGGGUCCUUACAAGCAGCAACAGCAGCUCAGAGAAUGGCCAAGACUUUGCUCCUGCUCAGAAGAAGAUUCGUAAGGACCCAGAGGCUAUAAAACCACAUGCAGCAGCUACAAUCAUUGGUGGCAAGCGGCCUCCUGCUGCAGCAAGCAGAGCACCUGUUUCGAAGCCGGUCAGAGCUAUGGGAGCUGCCACCGUGGCUGUUGGUCCUUCCAGAGGUGCCCUGAAACCAUCUAUAGCUUCAACUGCAGCAAAGGGAGGAAACGUCAAACAAUCUGUUGCACCCACUGCAGCAAAAACAGGUGGGGGCGGGACCACCAGGCGCCAUGCAUGGGACCUGAAGGGCAAGGUCAGCGACAUGGAGGGUAAGAUCCGUAACUACCAGACCAAAGUCAAAUCUGUCAACCAGGAGAAUGAGGUUCUGAGAGGCACAAUGGUCCAGAGCCAGACGAGAGUGACUGAAAUGGAGAAAGAGCUCGAGAGGCAAAGUAGCCAGAUCAGAGAGUAUGAAGAGGAGCUGCAGGCCUUGUCAGGAGUCCGGACUGAGUUGGAGAAAGUCUUUAGCGAUAAGAGCACCCUUCAGAAGGAGCUCUCCAACUUAGAGGGCAAAUACAAGGUCAUGGAAACUCUCCGAGACAGCCAAGAGACAGAGCUGCAAACUCUGAAGAUGAAGCUUUCAGUGCAGGAGUCAACUCUGGCCCGUGUGCAGGAGACCCUCCGGGUCACAGAGGAGGAAGUCCGCUCUCUCAAAGAGACUGUGGCCCAGCAGAAGGACGAGCUCCACUCCGGGGAGAUGGAGCGCAGACGGCUCCACAACACCAUCCAGGAGCUCAAGGGCAAUAUCAGAGUCUUUUGCAGAGUGCGCCCACUGGUGGACGGAGGCCACAGCAAACACAUCCAGCUCUCAGCCAGUGACAACAAGGCGUUAACACUGGCCAAAACAGAGGAGUCUCACACAGGAAAAACUGCAGAGACCCAGAAGAAUUACAACUUCAAUUUUGACCGUGUGUUUGGCCCCAUGGCUUCACAACAGGAGAUCUUCGAAGAGAUCUCUCUGCUGGUGCAGUCAGCACUGGACGGCUACAACGUGUGCUGCUUUGCCUAUGGCCAGACAGGAAGUGGAAAGACGUACACCAUGGAGGGCGACGAGUUUGAGGAGACCAGGGGUGUCAUUCCCAGAGCCGUGCAGCAAAUCUUCAGAGCCGCAGAGAAGCUGGGAGCACAAGGCUGGGAGUUCACCUUCACGGCGAGCUUUGUUGAAAUUUACAACGAGUCCCUGCGAGACCUCCUCUACACCGGGAAGGCCAGCAAGAGGCCUGAGCACGAGAUCCGAAAGUCGACCAACAAUGAGGUGACAAUCACCAACCUCACCUACGAAAAGGUGUCCUGCGAGGAUCAGGUCCUGGGCCUGAUUGCGCUGGCCAAUCAGAAUCGCUCCACGGCCCAGACAGCCCAGAAUGACCGCUCCUCUCGCUCCCAUUCGGUCUUCCAGCUGGAUAUUGAGGGAGUGAAUGCUGGCAGGGAUGUCAAAUGCAAGUCCACCCUGUGCCUGGUGGACCUGGCUGGCAGUGAGCGAAUGCUGAAGAGUCAGUCUCAGGGCGAGCGCUUCAAAGAGAUGACGGCCAUCAACGGCUCCCUGUCCAACCUGGGCAUCGUCAUCAGCGCGCUGGCCAACAAGGAGAGCUACAUCCCCUACAGGAACUCCAAGCUGACCUACCUGCUGCAGGGCUGCUUGGGAGGAAACAGCAAAACCCUGAUGUUUGUGAACAUCGCUCCGGAGCCCGACAGCUUCGGGGAAACUCUCAACUCCCUGAGGUUUGCCAGCAAGGUGAAUGAUUGCGUAAUUGGGACUGCAAGCGCCAACAGGAAGUAGAAGGAGCAAAAUGAUGAAAAAAAUAUAACUCUGUUCAAUCUAUUUUUACUGCCACAGUCGCACUGAACUCGAACUGUUCAGUGUAAGUGUUUCCUGUGCGUUUUACUCACACAUUGAACUGUUUGGCUCACGCUGUGGUGCCAGACUGUAACAACCAAAAACUAAAAUCCUUUUGUAUGCUCUCAGGGCCUUGAUUAGUGAUCACUUUUUAAAACAUUUGAACACUUCUGUGCAAAUCAAGUGGAUGUGUAUGCAUUCAGAUUGCUAGUGUUUUUUUUAGGGUUUUUUAUGCGUGUACAGCUCCCAAAGUUUCCCCGAGUUUGACUAACUAUCAUUUAAUCUCCGUUGGACAUCAUACUUUAGUGAAAGUAAUUUUUUUUUCCAGUUUAAGCAUGUUUCAGUAUAUUCAGUAUAACUUGCACCAUAACUGCAAAUAAAUGUAGUGUAAUUAAACUGAUACUGUCCUUUUCUUGAUUUUUGGUGAUGGGCGCUCACCGUGUUGUUCUGUUUGUACUCUUUGGCCCCACAUGGUGUCAUAAUAAACACAUUUUGUAGGUGGG